ACUUUUUGCUUAAUAUUGUACUUUACAUGUGGAUGGCUUUUUCGAAGAUUUCGUCAGCAAUGAAACCAAUUUUCGAUAGAAUCGUGGAAGCAAAAGAGACCGCAUCCAAGCAUCCAUCUCUAUUCAUUAUCCAUUUAUGGAUAUAUUCUCUAAUUGGAUUCACGGUGACCUUCAUUUCAUUAAGCUAUUCACAUUCAGCUUGUUAUUCAAUGAUUUCAUCUGCACAUCUCUUCAAUUUACACUUUGCAUUCAAUGGUUCAAUCUUUCUGGGAGCUGUUUUUCAUUCAAAUUUAUCUCGAAGACUCUCACUCAAAUACGUGUAUAUCACCUGUCUAAUUCUGAUAUCCGCGUGCUUUUUGGCUCUUCCACAUGCUGCUCACAUCAUUUUACUUCUUUGUAUUGUGUUUAUUGUUUUUGGCACUGUUCUUGGAAUUUCGUUGUCUGCUGUGAUAUCUAACUUUGUUGUUAUAUUCAAGCAGCAAAGCUUUCUACUCUUACAGUUUCUCCACCUCAUAGGAGCAUUCGGAUCAGUGACCGCUGUCAUGUUCUAUCAAUCGGCACCUUCUGAACAUCAAGAGGAUUGUAAUUCAAAAAGAAAUCCAGUUCUUCCAACAGGACCACACAUUCCAAGUCUCGAAAAAUUCUAUUUAAAUCCAUCACUCCGUCAAGACUACAUUUUCUAUGCGACAGCAAUCCUUCAAAUUCCCCUGUUAAUAUUAUGCCUUAAAACUGAGUUCAACGUUUCAAUGAAAACAUCAAUUUCAAUAAGAAGGACAGAAUAUGAUGAUAUUGAAACAAAUAAUAACAAUAAUAACCAUCAUCAUGAAAACUGCCAAAGUUUAACCCAACAAAGUGACGUAAGCAGUUUAAAAUUGGUACUUCUAUGUUCAGUUGUUGCAUCAAUUGCCAAUAUAAUGUACACCAUGUUUCCAUUUCUUAUACUUGCUCAACCAUCAGCUUCCAUAUUUUAUUAUCAGCUAUUUUUGAUUUUUUUCAUGUGGGGUCGUGCAGUUUCAUUGUUUUUCUCCGAUUAUAUGGCUCCGUAUUUUUUGGUUGGAGUUUCAAUUUUCGGAUGUGGAAUUGGAUGCUGUUGUAUAGCUUCCGAACAAUUCCUUCUGGUUGGUUCACUUAUUUUUGGAUUCUUCCUGGCGCCACUUCUACCUGCACUUGUGAUCUACAUAAAUCAUAGCUUGUCGCUAAAAUCAAACAACACAUUCACUUUACUCUCUGGACAUUGUUCAGGACACUUAAUAUUCCCCCUUCUACUCACUUUGACAAACUCCUCGAACUCAAGGCUUUUCAUUGCGUUCAACUUUGUUGCUAUUGUCAUUUUGGUAAUAAUUUUGGUAUCAAUUUUGAGCCUUCAUGCUCAAAUUGAAAGGAUGCAAGCAUCCCAAAGUGGCCUAAAUCUCUUCGUUUCUCGCUUCUUAUCAGGCGAAUCUCUUCUCAAACGUACUCGAUCAAUCCGUCCUCUAAUAUCCCGUCUUCGUCCAAAUUCAUACAGAAGAUUUGCAAAUCGACGUGGUUUGAAUACUCGCAGUCCAUCUCCAGCAGUUCCUCACUCAACUGAGGUUUCUGUAAGUCCAGAUGAAUUGAGCCGGCUUAAUGAGCCAAAGGAGAUUCGAUCGGGCUCGAUGUUAAUGCCAACGAGGGUGUAAAUCUUACAGAAUAAUUUGUUUUAUGCUUGUAAAUAUGUAUUUGGAAUAUUUAAUAAAAUAUUAUUUUGUAA